GUGAGAGAGGUUUGACGCAGUGAAGGAGAGAGUGAAAGUAAGUUCAGUCUCCUUCAUUAGAAGAGGACAGAAGUCUGGAUUCACUCGGGGUCGGUGUCGGCAGUGUUCAGCUGUGUGUGAAUGAAGAAGAGUAAAUGAUGGAUCUUCAGAACUCCAGCAGUGGAGGAGGACCUCCUGUCCUAAAGGAGAAGAGAGCAGCAUCUCCAGCCCCCAGUGGAGUGUCUAUGAAGAGUGACCGGUCCAUGGUUCAUCCUCCAGGGUUCAGCAGUGGAGGAGGAAGCUCUGGGUCUCGAACUGAAACCCAGGGAGGAGCUUCUCCAGAACCCAGCUGUGUUUCUAUGAAGAGUGACGCGUCCAUCGGACUUCCUCCUACUUUCAGCAGUGAAGAUAUGAGAUCUGAUAAGAAGAAAACAAACAUUUGCACUGAAAAACUGGACCACAUAUUCAAGAAGCUGCAGGAGAAGUUUAUCUCUCUAGUGAAGAACGAGCUGAACACAUUCAAGAAGCUCCUGAGUUCAGAUUACCCAGCAUGCUCUGAGGGAGAGGUGGAGGAUGAUCAGAGAGAGGGGGUUCUGAAGGUCACACUGCACAUCCUGAGGAACAUGAAUCAGACAGACCUUGCCAACACACUAGAGAGCAAAUUAGCCCCAGCAUGCCAAAGAAAGCUCAAAUCCAAGCUGAGAGAUAAAUAUCAGAGAAUUAAUGAAGGAAUCUCAGGCCAUGUAAAGUCAGCACUUCUGAAUGAGAUCUACACAGAGCUCUACAUCACAGGGGGCGAUGGAGGAGAUGUCAAUCAGGAACAUGAGGUGAAACAGAUGGAAGCUGCAUCCAGGAAAAAAACAACACAGGAAAAACCAAUCAGAUGCAACGACAUCUUUAAACCAUUACCAGAACAGAAACGACCCAUCAGAACUGUACUGACUAAAGGAGUGGCUGGAAUUGGAAAAACAGUCUCUGUGCAGAAGUUCAUUCUGGACUGGUCUGAAGGAAAAGUAAAUCAGGACGUUCUCUUCAUAUUUCCACUUCCUUUUAGAGAGCUGAAUCUGAUGAAGGAGAAGAAGCUCAGUCUUGUGAAUCUUCUUCAGAGCUUUUUCCCAGAAACACAAGAUUUAAAACCAAGACAUUAUAAGGGCUACAAGGUCAUGUUCAUUUUUGAUGGACUGGAUGAGUGUCGACUGCCUCUAGAUUUCCAGAACAAUGAGAACUUGGUGAAUAUAGAAGAGCAAACCUCAGUGGAUGUUCUGCUGACGAACCUCAUCAAGGGGAAUCUGCUUCCCUCUGCUCUUCUCUGGAUCACCUCUCGACCAGCAGCGGCCAAUCAGAUCCCUCCUGAGUGUGUUGAUCAGGUAACAGAAGUGCGAGGUUUCAGUGACCCUCAGAAACAGGAGUACUUCAGUAAGAGGAUCAGUGAUAAGGACCUGGCCAAUAAAGUCUUCACACACAUCAGAUCUUCAAGAAGCCUCUACAUCAUGUGCCACAUACCUGUCUUCUGCUGGAUUACAGCCACUGUUCUAGAGAGAAUGCUGAGUGAAGCUGAGAGUGGAGAAAUUCCCAAAACCCUGACGCAGAUGUUUACACACUUCCUGAUCUUUCAGAUCAAACUCAAGAACCAGAAGUACAGUGGGAAAAGUGACAUUGAUCCUCAGCAGACUAGAAAAAGCAUCCUGGCUCUGGGGAAACUGGCGUUCCAGCAGCUGGAGAAAGGAAACAUGAUCUUCUAUGAGGAAGAUCUAAGAGAGAGUGGCAUCGACAUUAAAGAAGUGUCAGUGUACUCAGGAGUGUGUACCCAGAUCUUCAGGGAGGAACUUGAGCUGCACCUGGGGAAGGUCUUCAGCUUUGUACAUCUGAGCGUUCAGGAGUUUCUUGCUGCUUUAUAUGCAUUUCUCUGCUUUUUGAAUCAGCAAAUCCCUGAAAACCAAAGCACUGAACUAUCUGCAAUCUUCAGCAAGUCAACGAUGACUAAAUUCCUCAGCAGUGCCAUAGACAGAGCCUUACAGAGUGAGAGUGGACACCUGGACUUGUUUCUUCGUUUCCUUCUGGGUCUCUCACUGCAGUCUAAUCAGACUCUAUUAAGAGUCGUACUGACGCAGACAGAGAGGAUCUCUCAGAGCAACAAAAAAACAGUCAAAUACAUCAAGAAGAAGAUUGAGGAGAACUCAUCUCCAGAGAAAUCCAUCAAUCUGUUCCACUGUCUGAAUGAACUGAAUGAUCAUUCUCUGGUGCAGGAAGUGCAGAAAUACCUGAGUGGAGGUGGUGAGCGUCAUCUUCAACAGGCCAGGCUCUCUCCUGCUCAGUGGUCAGCUCUGGCGUUUGUGUUGGUGAACUCAGAAGAAGAGCUGGAGGAGUUUAACCUCAAUAAAUAUCAUCCAUCAGAAGAGUGUCUUCUGAGACUGCUGCCAGUAGUUAAAAUAUCCAGAAGAGCUGUACUAGCUUCAUGUAAUCUUGGAGUAAAGACGUGUGAAAAUCUGGAAUCAGUUUUAAACCUGGAAAACUCCUCCCUGAAAGAGCUGGACCUCAGUAACAACGACCUGCAGGAUUCAGGAGUGGAGUUGCUCUCUGCUGGACUGAAGAGGUCACAAUGUAAACUGCAGAUUCUAAGAUUAGCUUUGUGUAAUAUAGGAAGAAAGACGUGUGAAAAUCUGGAAUCAGUUUUAAACCUGGAAAUCUCCUCCCUGAAAGAGCUGGACCUCAGUAACAAUGACCUGCAGGAUUCAGGAGUGGAGCUGCUCUCUGCUGGACUGAAGAGUUCACACUGUAAACUGCAGAUUCUCAGAUUAUCUGGUUGUAUGAUCACAGAUAAAGGCUGUUGUUCUCUGGCUUCAGCUCUAAUUUCAAACCCCUCCCACCUGAAAGAGCUGGAUCUGACCUACAACCACCCAGGAGAGUCAGGAGUGAAGCUGCUUUCUGAGAGACUGGAGGAUCCACACUGCACACUGGAGAAACUCGGAGUGAAACAUGGAGGGAAGAUCAGAAUCAAACCUGGAUUAAAAAAAUGGUUCUGUGAUUUCACUCUGGAUCUGAACACAGCGCAGUGUCGUCUUGCUCUGAGUGAGGAGAACAGGAGGGUGGAGUGGGGAGAGGAGCUGCAGUCGUAUCCUGAUCAUCCAGAGAGAUUUGAUGGGUGGUGUCCGCAGGUUCUGAGUAGAGAGAGAGUUACUGGUGUUACUGGACGCUGUUACUGGGAGGCUGAGUGGAGCGGAGGAGGAGCUGCUGUAGCUCUGAGUUAUAAAACCAUCAGCAGGAAAGGAUUAGGAUCAGACUGUGUGUUUGGAGGGAAUUUAAACUCCUGGAGUCUGAUCUGCUCUGAUAACAGUUACUCUGUUCUUCACAAUAAUAACAGAACUGUUCUCUCCACUCCUCCCUCCGGCUGUAGGAGAGUAGGAGUGUAUGUGGACUGUCCCUCCGGCACUCUGUCCUUCUACAGAGUCUCCUCUGAUACACACACACCCUCACACACACCCACACACACACACUCACACACACACUCACACACACCCUCAAACUCACACUCACACACACCCUCACACACUCUCACACACUUACACACAUUCUACACCACCUUCACUCAGCCCCUCUAUGCAGGGUUUUGGGUUGGUUCUGGCUCCUCAGUGCGUCUGUGUAAGAUAGAAUAACCCUGUGUGUAACAGAGAUUCGAUGUGUGUGUGUGUGUGUGUGUGUAGAAGUAUGUGUAUACAUAUAAGUAUGUAAAUAUUUUAUAUAGAUGAUUUUGUCAAUUUUCCAAAAUGUUUCUUUUAAUUACUGUUAUCACGUAUCACUGUACUUAUAGUUAAUGAUUGUUUUAUUUUAUUGUAAAAUAGAUUCAUUUUAAUAAAGCUAAAUAAAUGAAGAAAGGUGAAGAGGAGUCUGAUGAUUUUUUGUGUGUUUGGUUUGUGUGGUCAGAUUACGGGGGAAGUUGGAGUCGAGUUUGUUGGUGUAAUUAACAUUUCUGUUUUUUGGUCUUUUGCUUGUUGUAGUUUCUUGU